UUACAUCCCCAUCCGAUGACAGCGGAAAGCGAAAGGAGAAGCCGCGAACGAGAAGAGAAGCAAGGAAGCGAGCCUUAAGAGGAGCCCUUCUCGCGGCGGUGAUGGCUCGGCUCUUCCGAGGAGGAAGCCUCGGCGACUCCAAGCGAGAGAGCAGCGGCAGUUCCUCCCUCCGCCUCUCCUCCUCCUCCUCCUCCGUCGCCGCCGCCAUGUCCGCCGCCGAUCUCCUCUCCCCCUUCGGCCAGAUGGGCGUCCCCCUCUCGGAUCCCGAGCUCCGCGAGACCGCCUACGAGAUCUUCGUCGCUUCCUGCCGUACCACCGGCUCCAAGCCCCUCACCUACAUCCCCCAGUCCGAGCGGACGCCGCCCUCCGCCGAGCGCUCCUCCUCGCUCUCCCCCUCGGCCUCGUCGCUGCAGAGGUCGAUCACCUCCACCGCCGCCAGCAAGAUGAAGAAGGCCCUCGGGCUCAAGUCGUCCUCGUCGUCGAAGAAGGGGAGCCCCGGCAAGGACAGCAGCCCGUCCAAGCCCUCCAAAAAGCCGGCCACAGUCGGGGAGCUCAUUAGGGUGCAGAUGAGGAUCUCCGAGCAGACGGAUUCCCGGAUCCGGAAGGGGUUGCUCCGGAUUGCAGCGGGGCAGCUUGGGAAACGUGUGGAGUCAAUGGUUCUGCCUCUAGAGUUGCUGCAGCAGUUCAAAGCUUCAGAUUUUUCUGACCAGCAAGAAUAUGAAGCCUGGCAAAGUAGAAACUUAAAGGUUCUCGAGGCUGGGUUGCUUGUGCAUCCUCUUGUUCCAUUAAAUAAAUCAGAUAAUGCAUCACAACGACUUAGACAAAUAAUACGUGGAGCUUCCGAGAAGCCGAUUGAAACUGGAAGAAAUUCGGAGUCGAUGCAAGUGCUGCGUAGUGCUGUGAUGUCCCUUGCCUGUAGAUCUCCUGAUAGAUCUGCUUCAGAUUUUUGCCACUGGGCUGAUGGUUUUCCACUGAAUCUCCACCUGUACCAAAUGUUAUUGGAGACUUGUUUUGAUGCCAGCGAGGAUGGAUCGAUAAUUGAUGAAAUCGAUGAGGUUUUAGAGUUGCUAAAGAAGACUUGGGUGAUACUGGGCAUAAAUCAGAUGCUUCACAAUCUCUGCUUUACUUGGGUUUUAUUUCACCGUUUUGUUACAACUGCUCAAGUAGACAUCGAUCUGCUGCAUGCAGCUGAUAAUCACAUGGAUGAAGUUGCAAAGGAUGCUAAAGCAACAAAAGACUCAGUGUAUUCAAAGAUAUUGAGUUCAACUUUGAGCUCAAUAUUGGGGUGGGCAGAGAAAAGACUUCUUGCUUACCAUGACACAUUUAAUGCUAGUAAUAUUGAAUAUAUGCAAAGUAUUGUAUCAUUAGGUGUAUCGGCUGCCAAGAUACUAGUGGAAGAUAUUUCUAAUGAAUAUCGUCGUAAGAGGAGAGAAGAAACUGAUGUAGCUCGUAGCAGGGUUGAUACGUAUAUUCGGUCAUCACUUCGUACAGCUUUUGCUCAGAGAAUGGAACAAGCAGACUCCAGCAGGCGAUCAUCGAAGAACCAGAGUACUCCUACUCCUGUUCUUUCCAUCCUGGCAAAGGACAUUGGUGAACUAGCAAGCAAAGAAAAAGAGUUGUUCAGUCCAAUGUUAAAGAGAUGGCAUCCACUUGCUGCAGGUGUUGCUGUAGCUACACUUCAUUCUUGUUAUGGAAACGAACUAAAACAGUUCAUAGCGGGUGUUAUGGAACUAACACCAGAUACAGUUCAAGUUCUUAAAGCUGCAGACAAGUUAGAGAAAGAUCUUGUGCAUAUUGCUGUCGAAGAUUCGGUCGAUAGUGAUGAUGGGGGUAAGUCAUUAAUCAGAGAGAUGCCGCCUUAUGAGGCUGAAUCUGCAAUCGCCAAUCUUGUCAAAGUGUGGAUCAAGACAAGAGUAGACAGGCUGAAGGAUUGGGUUGACCGCAACUUGCAGCAGGAGAAUUGGAAUCCAGGGGCAAACAGAGAGAACUGUGCACCUUCUGCAACUGAAGUUCUACGGAUUAUUAAUGAGACUUUAGAUGCAUUCUUUCAACUGCCUAUACCAAUGCAUGCAGCCAUGCUUCCUGACUUGUUGAUAGAACUUGAUAGAAGUCUGCAACAUUAUGCAUUAAAGGUGAAGUCUGGAUGUGCAACCCGAAGUAGUUUUCUGCCUUCGUUGCCAACAUUAACCAGAUGUGAGGUUGGUUCAAAACUUUGGAAGAAAAAAGAGAAGCCACAGAAUUUGCCAAAACGCAGAUCACAGGUUGGAUCAAGAGAUAGUAAUUCAUUUGGUCUGCCACAGCUCUGUGUACGCAUGAAUUCACUUCAUUAUAUACGGACAGAGUUAGAGAACCUGGAGAAGAAAAUAAAAACUUGUCUACGGAAUGUUGAAUCAGCACAAGCAGAUAUAUCAAAUGGGUUGGAGGUCAGCUUCGAGCUUACUCUGGCUUCUUGUCAAGAAGGAAUUCAGCAACUAUGCGAGACAACAGCUUACAAGGUGAUCUUCCGUGACUUGAGUCAUGUUCUGUGGGAUGCCUUAUACAUUGGUGAGACUACUUCAUCGAGAAUUGAUCCGUUUAUAAAGGAACUUGACCCGAUUCUGGAGAUGAUAUCAAAUACGGUGCACAACAGGGUGAGAAAUCGUGUCAUAACUGCAUUAAUGAAGGCUUCUUUUGAUGGGUUUUUGCUAGUUCUUCUUGCCGGCGGCCCACUUCGUGCAUUCUCCCGCCAAGAUUCACAGAUAAUAGAUGAGGAUUUUAGGUCACUCAAGGACAUAUACCUGGCCGAAGGUGAUGGAUUACCCCAGGAACUAGUUGAGAAGGCCUCGGCACAAGUGAAAAAUGUGCUGCCUCUAUUCCAUGCUGACACCGAAAGCCUCAUCGAGCGGUUUAGACAAUUGAUUACAGAAACAUAUGGCGCUUCGGCCAAAUCCAGGUACCCGUUACCUCCAACCUCUGGCAACUGGAAUCCUACGGAGGCCAAUACAGUUCUGCGGGUGUUGUGCCACAGAAACGAUGAGAGUGCCACAAGGUUUCUAAAGAAAACUUACAACCUCCCGAAAAAGCUGUAGCCUCAGAGUACUACUGCUGCCGACAGAUGAAUCGCUGGUUUUCUGGAAGCUCUCUGUUUUCUAUCUUUCUGAAAUAUUUUUGCCAUGAGUUGCAAGUAUAUUCCAACUGCUGAUGAAUCUGAUUACAACAUAGUUCAUAUGCCAGCACUGUUUAACUCAGGGGAUCUAAUCCUUUACAGGCAUGUGGAUGUGUGAUCCAAUAGCUGAAUGAUCGACCAGGUUCAAGGUGGGAGCAAAUCCAUCCUUCUUUUAAUGAGUGAGCAUGUCUGAAGCUUAGGAUGUGUAUACUACAUUUAGCAGUAUUCUUUUCAUUUACUAGUAGCUAUGCUGCGCUCGGUGAUCGUCUCUAAUCCGGUUUUCUCUGGUGGGUAAUGUAUGCUUGCAUAAGUUAAAAGAAAAGCUGUUGUGGAUAAGUUCUUUCUAAAUGUAUUAUGACCUGCUCUUGUAUUGACAACAUUGUGCUACAUGUUGUUUGCUUUUGUGCUCUUCUCAGAGCCACACUGAAAUACAAUGUUUCAACAUGAUUUGUUUCAUCAA